CUCCCCAACCUGCAGCCUCUCUCGGUGCCAGCUGCAUGAAUGCGCAGCGCUGAGUUGAGUUUUGCUGCUGAGUAACACGACAGACAGACAGACAGACAGACAGACGAAUGAAUGCAUGAACCUUGUCGCCUACGAACCGACGCGCUGCUCACAUGUGAGGGCAUCGCAGGCCGGUUGUGUGGGGGUAAGUCGGUGCAUCUCUUUCGUCUUCCUGAUAGAAAUUAAAGGACGGUGUUCGGACUGCUGACACAGCGUGCCAAAAAUACAUCCAGCCCUGGGGGGGAGGCGGGGGGUAGUAGCAUGGGGUGCCCACGCAAGUGCACGUUGUUAUUCUCUGCUCGACAAACGCGGGCAGUCGUGCAGAUGUUGAGUUCUCACUCGGUUCUGGAGAGCAGGUGUAGCUCCAGCAGAGACGGUGACAAGGUCAGAUGGUCACUCAAAGUCGCAGUGCGCUGCUCGGACGUGAAAGAGCGCACCACAUUGUUGGAAGUGCGCCAGGUGGUGUGUGACACAGCUUUUCCUUGAUACGGGAUAUCCAACCAGCCAGUCCGCAUGCAUAUGCUUGAGCAGUUUAUAUUAAGACCCUAAAGAGGUCUCUAUCAAUACUCCAGCGUGCAUGUUGUGAUAGCUGCAGGGGAAGUUGAAAGCUGACCUCGCUUUGGUCUUCGUGUUGAUUUAAGCCAGAGGUUGGGACUUGUACACAGUCUCGAGUUGAGGUAUCACAGCAGGAGACCGUGUGAGAAAAUAGUGCCUUCUUGCACACACACUCACACAUGGUCACACAACAGGGGACGACAUGAAAGAGCCCUGAGUAUAAACCCCACUACGCUAAAACCACUACUGUACAGUGUAAACUCUCUGUUUUCACACAGUUCUUAGUCGUUUUGCUCUGCUUGGUAUGAUGUUGUUGAACAACUGCUGAAGCUGCUUGCUUAUCAGCACUCCUGAGGUUUUGAGAAAGCUGCUAUUCCCACAAUGAUAAGCUGUUCUGUUGAUGUCAGUUUUCACCUGCAGUGUGAAAACAGUGUGUCAUGUUGGGCACGUAAAGAGGAGAAAGUUCAACAUGCUUGGUUCAGACUGAGGAGCUGUUGAUUCUCGAUCUAUAACAGCUAUCACUUACCUGCUCACGAGAAAUCAACUCAUAAGACCCUUUAUUUUUCAUAAAUGUUUAUAUAUUAUUGUCAAGUUUAAAUGGUGAACAAUGACAUGUGUUUGUAGCUUGUCCUGUGCUGGUUUCUAUUUCUCAUUCCCUGUCUGUGCAUCUUUUGGCCUCAAAACCUCCAGUUUUGUGUUGAAGCUUUCUGUUAUAAAUAGUUGGUUCUUUUAAAGUGCCUUGAGGCAGCACAGUCUCUGUUGCCAGUCUUGAACUGAGCCUUAAGCACUGCUUUAACAUUCACCCAGUUGCACUGUUCCUUUAUGCAGCUCUCUCGGUCACCUGAUCUCGUAACAGGUUGGGACCGUCCGUCCCAGGACAACUCCAAUUCUAUAAUUAGGAAACAGCACAGGGGGGGAACAGCACACAAGUAUGUAGUGGGAUAAUGUGACGCAGGUGGGUAAAAGUGACCAUUUAUGGAUCAACAAAAAUGUUAUUGUGUUUACAAUCACAUGCCCUCCGUCACAGAAGGUCACAAUGAGGUGGGGAUUUACUGUGAGAAUAAACCAAGCACUUGAAAUCAGCGAGAAGCACACCACAGUCUGAUCUACUGUGAUUUUCAUAAAGUAAGGGGGGAAUUAUCAGGACUAUUAUGAUUUUACAAUAGCUCUAAUGGAAGGCAUGCAACCACUUGACAAGGCAUGCAACCACUUGACUUCAUGGUUUAAAGUCCAAAAAUCCAGAAGUCCAAAAAAUCCCCGAAACCAGAGACUGUGCAUAAGACACUGAGAGGACACAAUGAGGCAGAGAUUUAGUGUAAGGACAAAGCAAGGGCUUGAAAUUAGCGGAAGCACACCAUAGUCUGAUCUACUUUGAUUUGUUAAAUUAAGUGGUGAAUUAUCAAGAUUAUUAUGAUAUUUCAUAGCUCUAAUGGAAAGCAUGCAACCACUUGACCAGGCAUGCAACCACUUGACUUUAUGGUUUAAAGUCCAAGAAAUCUCCAAAAUCAGAAACUUUACACAAAACACUGAGAGAUACAAUAUAUUUACUGUUUUCCUGCAGUGUUUAAGAAAAAAAAAUAUACUAAAGUAGAGCAAUGUGGCUGAAAACUGUUUAGGUACCAUCAAUUGCAAUUUAGGUACUGCAACACUUGACCUGCCAAACAUCAGUAUGGCCUUGCCAUCAUGAACAUAUCAGAAAACAGAUGUCAACUUUCAGAGAUAGCUCACGUUGAGACUUUGUCAGUGUACGGCCAUUGAUUAACUGGUAGUUUUAUGUUUUGUAUUUGUUGCUUCUUUGUUCAAGUGUGGUCAGUCCAGGUGUUCAGUUAAUUUGCAGUGUCAUGAUUCUCAUAAGUGACCCAAAGUUAAGGGGUGAAGGUGAAGGGAAAGCUUGAACCAAGAGGGCUGCAACUGAGUUUUCAAAAUCCUGAUCCCAAUGUAGACUCCUCGAUCAUAUUUGUUCAGAAAAUAAGUCUUUCUGCAGGUCAGUUUACUUUCAGCAUAGUGGAAUGUGGUCUCAUUAACUUUCUGUCAGUAAAUAAGCUUUGGUUUGUUUUUAUAUCUACAACAGAACAUCUCAAACUCACACGUACACGCAUGAGCCUGUUUAGUUUAAAGGAGGAUAUUCAGGGUCAGUCUGGCUUUUAUCAACACUUUUUAUACAUAUCUGUAUUCAUUAGAGCGGUAAGAUUAAGCGUUCUAUUUCACAAUAAAAGAAUGUGUUCCUGCAGGAAGACUAACUCCGUGAAACGGACAUUUUUUUCAUCAAGUGAUGAAAUUACAUAAGUUCCUAAUGUUGGUUCAGGGAAACGCCUAGGAAUAAUCUCAAACAUGUGUUUGCCAUUACAAACUUUCCAACGUCUUUUUGCCACUGACUUCUAGUGUUUUUUUAUACACACUGGACAGAGUUAAUCCUUGGUUGUAGAACAACUGAUAGCAUCAGUAUGGUUAUCAGGAACUGAUGUGAUGGAUUGAUCUUCUAGUUUAGGAUGACUUCGCUCUAAAGUGUAAGAGUCCAAAACUGAUGGUUUAGUCUUUGAUUUUAAAGAAAGAAAUUUUACACUUGAAAUGAUAGUAGAAAGGUCUCUAUCUAUUGAGCUUGUACGGAAAUAUGUUAGUUCUACCAACAUUCAGACCUGAUACACCCAGAUUAAGACUUUGCAGCAUUCUUAGAAAACAACUUCAUUAUCAGUUAUUUCAGCAAAUUCCUGUUUUGUUCAUUUAGGCUUGAUUCCAGUGCUUCAUGCCAAAUGGUUUGUUUAUCUUAAGGAGCCCUCAGCCCUCUUGAGAGCCUCAAAUGCCAAUUUUAACCUUGAAAAUUGACUUUUUAACAUGUUUUAAACUUGGAAAUACAGUUUAAUUCAAAAGCCCCUGGCAGAAGGAGCCAUAAUGAUUAUUUUUGCUCCAUAUUUUCUCUCUGCGUACAUAAGAUACAAAGUAAGAUUGUGACAUGUAUUAGCAAGCAAGUCUGAGUCUGUGUAUCAAAUAGGUGAAUUCAUGGUUUGUAGGAUCCAAAGUGAAAAAGUAACUUUGAUAUUUUGUUCUUCACACAGAGCACACAUUCAGAACUGGUUUCUUAGUUUAAACCCUAAAGUUUGCAACAAAAGGACUCAACUCUUGCACAAAAAACCACUACAUAUUCUCCACAGAUGACCAACAUCUCUUAUUAGUGGGGGUGAUCUAAGGUAGUGUAGCAAGAGCCAAUCCCAGAUAAGCCUUGUGAGAUUUCUAUGGAGAUAUGGUUGAGAUUUAAGGACAGCGUGUUGAUAAACUGUGGGUCAAACAGGGCAUCGAACUUCUUAGUAAUGACGAAGCCAAGACUGUGUCAAACGAGAGCUUAUCGCUGCCCUGAAUUCCUUUAAAUGAUGGUUUAAUAAGUUUAACAGAAAAUCACUGUGCAAUGUAAGUGUCAGGCUGACCUUAUACACUCUUUAUCUCAGCAUUCCUGGUGUGAUUAAUCACUUUUCGAUCAAUCACUCAGUUACUCAAUCACAAGACAAUCUCGCUGUCUUUUUUUUUACUGCAUUUCUGAUCCUUUUUUGAUAGAUUAAAAUAACAUACAGAAAAGGAGUGAGAGAGUAAUGCCAAUUAAAACACAAAACAAAAUGUAAACUUCUGUUUUUCUUCUGCAUGACUAUGAUGAAGGGAAAUGUCUUAGUAACACUUAUAAAAUGAUAAACUUAAGCCUUACGACUAUUUAUCAACCACCCUGACCUUCACCUUAUUGUCAGCAGAUCUGCAUAAUGAUAAUAUUAUUGUUUGGGGACAUAUUAAUAUCACACUUGUUGACAAGUGUUUGUGCCGUGGCUCUCAAAAGAUGACAGUUUACAUUUUUUUUCAAGCAGACCUUUUCUUUUUUGGCCAAACUUUGGACUGCAUGAGUAAAAUUACCGAAAGCCACAAGAGUGACUCCACAGCCAAGUCAAGAGGAAUAAAGAUAGCCUCCACUCACUAUAGAGGGGCAGACAGACAUCAGAAAGCAUGAGAAAAAUAAGCUCCAGAGGCUGACAGUCAAACAGAGGUAUAGGGAUAGUGGUCAUUUGAAAUGACAGAAGAGUUAGUAGACUUGAAUCUGGGAAGUAAAGAAAAUGACUCAGGCUAUAAAUUCUGCCAUCUUAAUCUCUUUAAUGGCUCUGAAAAACGAAAGCUCUUUUCCUUUAAUCAAAAGAGCAUUGAUUUUAAGAUCAAUGAUGGUAAGAUUUAGGUUGCUUAAGCACAGAGAGAUCAUAAAACCUUGGCUACAAAAGCUUGAUAAAGAGAAUUUUUUCAGGCAUGGUUAGAGGCAAAGAAGAGGAUAUGAUUUAGGUCUGUACGGCAAAGAUAAUGCAAGAGGAAGAAUUUUAUUGCACCCUUUGUUAGUUACAGUAGAUGAUGAGCUUAGUCACUGAGUAUUCCAGAGAGAUUAUUUUGGAGUCCUCAGACUUUAUUAUAUAUUUAGAUACAUUUAGGUACACAAAAGAGUGCAGAUGCACACCCAACUUGAGGUUUGUGGUUUGGGUGAUUGUGGCAUUAUUGCCCAGCCUGGCUGGACUACUUUAUGUUUUUCAGUAUUACUACAACUUCAGCAAAGUUUUGGUAGCUUGACUGCAGCAGUCAUAUGUCUAAACAACAUUCAUCAUAUAUAAUUUUUUUAAUUUGUCUUUAUUUUUUACCUUUAGUCAGACUAAAUGAUACGUUAGGCCUGGACGAUAUAGAAAAAAAGCAUAUCGAUAAAAAAUAAAUCAUAAUGAUCGAUAAUUAUUGAUAUAAUUAUUAUAAUUAUUUAACAUAUAUUUUAAUUGCAGCCCUGGAUGUUUUUUGCUAUUGCUUAAUGACCUACUUUUAAUAAAGAACACACAAGCACUGAAUUCAAAUUCAAACCUUUAUUCAACCACCUUUUUUAUUUUACCACAACUGAAAGUUUUUUAAAAAAGAACAAAAAAAAAAAAAGAAAUCAACUUAAGUGGCCUGAGUGAUGUCAGUAAAUACUGACAAACAUAAAGACUAAAGUGACCAGAAAAUCUGAUAAAUAAAUAUUUAAAUAGUCUUUCGAUGAAAAUAAACAAAUAUAUAAAUAAACAGAAUAGCUUUAGGUGGGAAUAGCAUACUACCAGUUUUAACUGUGUGGGAAACUGCCCACAGCCUGGUGUCUGAACACUGAAAUAUUUCUCCCGGGGUCGGGAGAUUUAUUUGUUUUAAUUAUCAUGUGAUUGACUUAAUACACAAACUAAGCACGAGAAGCAGGACUUAUCCACGCCGGUGUUGUGUCGUAGAAUGCACCCCUGCCGAAUGCACCCCCUGCUAGUAGCCAUGAUCCAAAUACUCGCGUCUUUGUAAAAUAUGAGCUCAUUUUCUUCCACUUUAAGAAGCUAAUGAGUGGACGGGAUGCAGGGGUGCAUUCUACGGUACAACACCGGAACGUAUUUCCUCCGCACCCUUCUCACCUUCUCAACCCCUGACCCAUUUUCAUGCCUGAAGCGCUGUGUUUGAGAAAUACUUGCGGCCGGGCACUUCAUAUCGCGGGUCGAGAGUGGCUAGAAGCUGUUUGAAGCCAGGCUUUUCAACGGUAGUUAUUGGCAGUAUGUCCCUCGCUAUGAAGCAUGUUACUGCAUGGGUGAUGUCCUUAUGCCGCUUGGACGCUUUGUCGUAUUUUUGGAGAGAAACAAAGUCCAGUUUGGUCUGCUUCACUUGCUUUGAGCUGGUGCUGGCAGCGGCUCCAGAGGAUUCCGACGACGACGACGACGUGGAGCCGCGGCGCGGCCGACACAGCUCGUACUCCUGCGGGUGCGAUCGGUUUAGAUGGUAAAACAAGUUGGUUGUGUUACCAGACUUGGUUUUUACUAAUUCUCUGCAAAUUUUGCAAACGACCGCUGUUCGCUUUUUGUCAGACUUCUAAAAACCAAAACAUUGCCAUGCUGGUGAACUACUGAAACCUUUUUUCGGGACAAUUUCCUCCGCUUCUCCUUGCUGUAUCAUUUUUUCUCAUACACGUGCUGUCUGGUUUGAUAGGGGCUGGGCUUGGUGCCGUAGCGUACCUGGGUCUGCGUUUGUGAUUGGUUGGGAGGAAGUAAUGACUGUAGUAAAAGCUACAUGAUAGGCUAUGAUGAAAAAGAAAGGGAGACUGUGUUUUUCUAUCGAACUUUUUAUCGACCCGUUUUUUUUCUAUCGCACCACACGUCUAUCGAUCGAUAUAUAUUGUUAUCGAAUUAUCGUCCAGCACUAUGAUACGUCCUGUGCUCUGUAGUAUCCAUUCUCCCAUGUUGCUUUGACUUGUUUCCUCUAAAAGAUGUUUGUUAUCCAUCGCAUCUUAUUUUGUCCUACUAUGUUUUAAAUAUAUUUUUACAAGCUUAGCUGAAAACUCAGUACAACUUUGUGUUUGAAUUUCUAUCAAGCAAAAACUUUCAUUCUCUUCAACUUUUGUAUCUUAUUUGUUGUGAAAAAAUACUUUUUGUUUGUUAAUGUUGACAUGAGUAAAUCAAAGAUCUGAUGGCAGGCUCAAAAAACUUCCAUUUACCAUAUAGAUUGUGGCAUAUCAAAGAUAUUAUGUGACAAAUUUUCAAUAAGGUGUAAUCGACAAUAGCCAAUUACACCUGUGGCCACAUAAUAAAAAGCAGUCAGCACCCUGUCCUGUUAUGUUGCCGUUGUCUGAAACCAUGGUGUCAUUGAUCACCAGCCAAAAGUUUUGGGAAGCUCUUUCACUCAUGUUUAAAAGAUGCAGCAACCAUCCAAAAGUACAACAAAGACCCAAAAGCAUGGCGCACCAAGGUUGACAAGUCAGGUCUGUUUGGCAUAGUCAAAGCCUGGAUCUACCAGUACUGUACCCUAGCCCAAGUCCCAUUGUCUCUGUUGGUUUAUUCAGGUCCUGUGCCAAAAGUUGAGUCCAUCAAUAGGACAAAAGGGGCUAUCUACAAUAGUGGCUAGGCCUUCUUUGCAGCCUCACCAGCACAGCACUGUAUGGGAUUAGUAACACCUUACAGCUUCCGUUCAGUGGCCCCACUAAAGAGUUUAUGGGGGCAUGGACAAAUGGAGCCCUACAGUGCAAGGACUCCAAAGGCUGCAGGUUUCAUCAGCUGGAUUCGAGGCAAGAACAGGGAGAGAAAGCAGUGAAGGUGACUGAGUCAUCUUUGGCAAAAAGGCACUGGUGGGCGCCUUUGCUACAGGUCGAGCAGGCCUGGGCAACUUCCGGGUAUUCAGGUCAGCAAGGCCCAGGCUAAAAAGAGACACCAUCCAAACCAGGAAAAUUUCUGAGCAUGCACAGAGAAGAAUGAGUCAGCAGGGUGGUGGGGCGAGGAGAGCACACUGCAGGGCAGGAUUACCUGGUCAAAUAUCAUGCUGGCAGACUUCCAUUGUGUCCACUUUCAUGAGCAAACAGUUGGUGACCUACCAAACCCAGCAAACCUCCAUUUCUGAGGAAGAACAAGACACCUGCCCAUCUCCUUUGCUCUGGAAGAGGCUGUUCAGAACUCCUCCUCAGUUUCUACCCAAGGCCCUCUGGGUUGGCUGCUACUGUUGAUGCAAUGACCAGGUGCUCAAAGCUGAGACCAUAGCCCCAAAGACACCAGUCACCUUUUGCAAAGCAGGCACAUCACGCAGUAGCCCAACACACUGCCUUGGGAAGAAGAUUUCAAGGAAGCAAACAUGAGGUCAUGUUAAAAGUACCAGGACCUGGUGGAAGAGUACAAAGCCAGAGAUUGGAAAACCUACAAACAACAGAGGUGGGCUGCAGAGACUUUGUAGGCUGCUCACUCUGCAGGGUCUUUAACCAGCUUGGAGCAAAGGAAAUGACAAAGAAGCAGGCCACUCAAUCUGCAAAAGACACCAUGGAGAAAAGCACCUGGUGGUUUGGGAUCAAGAGGGCUGAACCAUGUGCAUCAGCUGCUGGGACUCAAGUUAGGCCCUGAUCAAGCCUGGCUAAUUUGCUCAGAAGAAAGUGUCUGAUGUCGUGAGACCCAAAACGCCAGAGGACUCCCAGUCACAUCACCGAUGUUGCAUCCCAAGACAUCAAAUGCUGUGAUAGUUGUACAUGUUUGCACAUUUAGGCCAUUUACAUCUGUUAUUGUUGGCAAAAACAAAAGCAGUUUGACACAAAAAUUGAUCAUUUAUCAUGGAUCACAGAAGCAGAACUUCUGCAGGUAGCUGAAAUAUUCAAUCUCUAUCAGCUGUCUAUAAAAUCAGAAAACAUACUUUCAUUGAUUAAUUGCCAUUGGUUAUUUUGUAGGGUUAGCUGGUAGAGUAAUUUGCAAACAGCAAACUAGCAAUUUAUUUUCAAGACAAGUCCAGGAUUUUGAAUUUUAGCUGACUAAUGUUAUCUGCAUCAGCUACUUAGCAUUUGUUUGCUAAGAAACUUUUACUAGUUUACAAAAACAAACAAAAGUUCUUCCACAAAUUGAAAACCUUGCCAGUGUUGACAACAUUUUCCUCCUGAAGUCAACAAACUUUUGGCAGAGCUACUUAACAAAACACAAUUCUUUGUUACCUGUGAACUAUUGGUGUGAAGAUACAGGUGGUUUGUUGAUGCUAGCUAUUGUUGCAGAUGGCUGGUGUUGAAAGGGGCAGCCACUGAAUUGGCACAUCCUUUGCUUUUUCCUGGCAGUAUCUCCCAGAGUCCCUGAGUAGAGAUUAGUUCAGUAGACUGAGGAAUUUACAGAGAUAACAAAGGUCUUAUCUAUUCAAAGUUAUGUCACAUUUUGUUAACAUAAUUCCAGAAUGAAAUAAUUAAUCAGUAUAAAGUGCUUUAUAUAGACACAUUAAGUUUUUAACGGACAAUUUGAACCUCAAUUUGUUAAGGUGAAGACGUUACAGGUCCAAUUAAAGUUUGAAUGAUUUUAUAAUAUAUGUAAGACUUGUAGACAAGAUAUUUGAAACGAGGAGUUUAGGAAUGACUUGCACAAAACAUUUUUACUCUGCAACCCCAUCAGUGGUCAAAAAGCACAAGAAGAAGACCCCAAAGCUAGGUCUGAAAUGCAGUACAAAUGUUUUUGGUUAAACUAUUAUAGUGUAAAUAUUUAAUCUAGCUUGGUAGAGAAACAAACACUUGAUCAUAUUGGUGAAGGACUCCCAUGCAGCUCGUAUGAUACUGACAUAUCCAGUGAAAUAAUUAAAUCCCUGCACACACAUAUUUUCCAGCUGAUCAUAUCUCCUCUCAGCUUGUGUGGAUAUGUUCAUGCAUUCCUGGUUAACAUGUAUGAUGGCUUUCUGUACCAUUUCUAUGAAAAGGCCUUUUAUAAAUCAACUAAUGGAUGCAGGGCUUCCAAAGAAUUUAAAAUCUGUCUGUCCAUUUGUCUCACUUGUGGCUCCACAAGCACAGGGGGAGUAAAACUCCAUAGCCCUUAAAAAUCAGAUUUUUAAGGGCUAUGGAGGACAUCCGUGAUUGCAACAUUUGGGUUGAUUCAGAUCACUUGCCUUCACUUUGUCUGACUUUUUCUGAACUUUACCCAAGUGCAAAGACACCAUGUUUUUGGCAUGUACAGUAUAAAACCAGGCUCCAGAGGUUUAAGUGCUCCAGCUGAGUGCACACUAAGUUGGUCUCAUCAGCCACAAACUCAAAGAGAUUUAGGCGCAUUCUUGGUGAGUGUGUAAGUGCUUUGGGCUGUCAUACUGUCACAUCCUGAAGUGUGUGAACUGUCUGAUAUUCAAUUUACUGCACCAAAUGACACACUGUCUGUGCAGUAGACAUCGGACACUGUUUCAUUUAGACGAUGCUGCCUGAUUUCCCCUUAGUGGUCCCUGUAGUAAGUAUUUCAUUUAAGUGAAAUACGUACAAACUUUUGCCAUCUCUGAUUAUCCCUCAUUUAUAUUAGUUUUUCUAGCAACUGACAAAUUUGGAUUAAAAUACUCAUUAUCGGCCAUUGCAGUCAUAGCUGACUAUUUGAUCCCCCUGGCUCUAGAUGUUUGUGAGUUUUGUGAGUGAAUGUAUGGAGUCAAUCAAGAAAGUGUUUUGGAUGAAAAGAAACCUGAAGAACACCCUGUUAAUAGCUGUUCAUGUAGCCCACAGAGUAAAUUCAUAUUUUCAAAAAGGCUGAUAUUGAUCAGCUGAUCAUUAGGGCCAAGUAUUAGGAGUUCAGUAAAGAUUUGUUUUUAAUUAUAUAUAACAGCUUUGAUGGUAUUUCAGUAGAUCUGAUGGUUUCUACAGAUGGCCUCCAGGGUCCAGAGAAUUAAGCAAACAAGGAGGGGUUGGUUCGAUACUAAGACUGGAAAAUACGACCGGAGCCGUCUCACGCAGAAUUACACAGAGAACAAUUGAGUAAUGGGUUUUAAAUGGGCAAACAGGAUGUUAAAUGGACAUAACCCCGCCAUGGUAAUCAUUGUCUUGGAAGUGCUCCAAAAGUUUAACAAAAUAUAAGACUGUGCUCUCAUUCACCUCUAUGUGUUUUUUUUCCUUAGCAGGACUGGAGGACAGGAUGGCUGAUAGACUGUGAUAAGAUAAAGGGAUGGGCCGGGAUGAGGACUGAUUAAAGGAUUUUGAUAUAAACCGAUAAAGGGGGAAAAUCUGUGAAAAAUGUAUCUAUACAACAUCAGGCGAUGAAUUAUUAUAGAACAAGGAAAUACUUUCUGAAUAGUUUUAACAGGUGACGUUACCAAACAACAUGCAAUUGCAUGCAACGCAAAUGAACUUGUGUUCACCCGGACAUUUUUGCUGUAUUUGACACAUUGGUCACAGAUUGUAUUAGUAGCAGAGGAAUGAGCCAUUUAAAUUUAGAUUUUUACAUUUUUACCCAGCUGUGUCAAAUACUUGAUUUUUACUGGUUUUAUUUGCAAAAAGCUAGUUUCCAUUAGCAGUUUUGGAUUAUAGCUUUAACAACACUGGAGAUGUUAUUUGUAGUAUUAUUGAAUUAUUCAGAGAAAAAAAUGACAGAGAGGAUGCUUAUUCAAAAAAACUUAAGAGAAAAUAAGACUGUUGUUUAUAGUCAUACAUCCUUGAUGCUUUCUAUUGAAUAGAUAGUGCAGAAUUCUUGAACUGGGGGUUGUGUGAGGCACAUUUUAAUAGUAAGUUUCAACCACAGAAAGUCUCCUGUUUUGAGACACAGACCGGAGCAUCAUCACUUAAGUCAAACUUGAUGACAAGCCUUGAAUCAAGCACCAUCAGCCAGAACAACCAGUUUUUUUUUGUUGAAAUGUUUGGAUUUAACUCCUUAUUCAACUCAAGGACAAACACUGUUACUUACUAUGUGAAAAGGAUGGGCUAGACUAGUACUAAACGAAUUCAGACCUCUUCCACAUGUUGCCUCACGGACUCUGGGCUGUUGCCAAAUUAUAUACAAAUUUAUUGGAAGAAGAAUAACAAAUCACAUACGGAUGAGUUUUUGAUAUUAACUUGUAUUUUGCACCAGUGGUCUUGAGCAAGUUGUUUAGCAUGUAAAAACAGAAAACAAGUCAAGAGAUGAAACUUUUAGUCACCAAGAGGUGAAUAUUUCUGGAACAAAUGUGCAUUUACAGUGCACUUGGCAGGUUUCUUCUUUUUUCAGAUGAAAUUUUCAGUUUUGUCAAUAUUCGGCACAAAUACCAACCCAAUUAUGGAUAAGUGAGGACCCCAAAGCCUGAGGGGAUGAAUAGUGUGCUCCCAGCGUAUAACAGCCAUUGGUUUUAAGGACUUUUGUGUUUUUCUGUGGUUUCUGUGAAGAAUAUGAGCAACAAACCAUCACAUGAGCAGAACUUUGCAACUCGUGCCAGAUUGCAGUUGUUUACUUCAACCAGAGGCAAAUCUCAUGGUGGACAGUCUCACAGUUAUGUGUUGUCCUUAAAUGCACCGCAAGGUUGGGAGGAAUUCAAGGUCCAUGCUGCAUGAGAUUUAUGUAUGAUCCAUGCUAAUGGGUAUUUCAAAGCAGUGCAUGACCUUUGCAGGCCACUUAAACUCUCCCGGGAAUCCAGAUGGACUCAAAGGUAAAGACCAGGAGCAUUUUCCCCCUGACAGGUCUCAGAGAGGAGAUUUUUUUUCUUUGUUUGCCUGUCUUGGUUACCCCAGUUAAUCCUCCAAAACAGAGCCAGAACUAAAAAUUCCUAAUCCUGAUGGGAUUUACUUCACUCUGUCCCCCUCCUGAGCCAUUUAAGGAUUGAAGAGGCCAUCCACUGAAAUUCCUCUUUCUACUCUUGGGCCCUUAAAUCUUAGUAUGUGGUCAGAAAGCCACUUCCCGCCCUUUGAGAUCAUGCCUUGCUCCCCUACCAGAUCUCGCCUCUUAAACCACAAACUUCACAAGAUAGCUCAGUUUAGACUUGCGUGGGGUUUAUUUGCUUAUAAACUUGUGGUCUAAAAAUGGCAUGAGAGGGGUCAGGAGGAAGUGGUCGAGUUGAUGACAUAAGAUUUUUGUGCAACAAUAGAGAUGUGUACAAACAUGCCACAAAAGGGGGCAUUGACUGUUCUUCCAGGCUCUUGCUGACAAUGUUUUUUAAGUGGUUACAAAAUGUAGGGCUCUUAAAAGGUUGAUUUGGCCUUUUGUUCAACUUUUGGAGGCUGUAAACGGCUCCACUGGUUAACGGCAGAUAUAUUGGGACAGAGAUGCUCAGCUGAAAACUUAGACCGCUAACAUUAGAGAAUGGUUAGGAAAGUACCUCUACAUUUCUUCAGUUUUUCAGUCUGUGCUUUGUAACCCUUAAGCAGAAGAUGAAAUAGCUUAAAAGAUUUUACACUGAAAAACCUGUGGUUAAUGCUUUUCAAAUAUGACAUAUAGCACAAUGUAAAGUAAGCAUUUUUUAUAUGGAUCGAUCAACUUUAAGCGAGGCAUACUAUAGUCUAAUGGCUAAUAAGGACAACUGUAAGAUCAGCAACUAGAAUGAUCUCCAUUAGACAAAAAGUGCUGCAAAUACUCAAACGAUGUGGGUUCAAAACCACGUGCAAAAGUUCAAAACAAGUAAAGCCAAAAUGCACCACAAAUGAUAAAAUGUGCCUUUAAUUACAGUUUAAAGUAAUGGGAUUACAAGUGAUCAAAAUCAAAUUCUCUCAAGUUAUUCAAGUUAUCUCAUUCUAACCUCAAAAAUUAUCUCAUUAUGAGUAAUUUUUUCCAAAAAAAUGCAUGCAAUUGAGUUCAGCUCAACUUGUGGUUUGUGCAAGUUUACAAUAGUUUUUAUCUGUUUAAUAUGACUGUACACAUACAUGUAUUGGAUGUAAAUGGUAUUACUAUAAUGGUCUAAUUUAUUGCUAAAAAAAAUGUUGCCCAUCUUUGAAAAUGAAACAGAAAGGCUGUUUCUGCAGCAACCAGUUGAUUAAUGUAUCCCUAUCCCCUGACAGUGGUUUUAGACACUGGAAUUAGUUAAUUACAAAUACUCAGUAUUGAUACAGUCUUGUUUGCUUUUGUUGGUCACUAAAAGGCAUCUCUAUCUAUUCCGGUUUGUUCCUUACCCAGUUAAUAUCUAAUCAUCUAGACAGAUUUAAGAGGUCUCAUUGCGUAACUAUUAAAAGGCUUGAAGAAGAGGAUGUUGAUGUUCAGGACCUUUGUCCUUUCAUUUUUUUCUGCUUUCUUUUUUAUUGUUUGGUCAUGUAUCCUUUCUCCAUGGAAAAUCCCAGUCAAGGCUUUGCCCUGCUGCACUGCUGACUAACUUUCCCCUUUGUCUACCCAGACCAAAAAGCAGGCUGGGACUCAGAAAAACAUAGAAAGUGAAGAGAAAUAUUCAGAUCCUGGAAGUGGAAAUGUUGUUUUAACUUUUCAUGGAAAUAAAGGAUCAUUUUGUGUCUUCACGGCAGCAGAGAAACAGUUGUCCCUCAGUCCACUGCAGCCCUGCUCCUCCUCCUCAGUGGGUUUGCGAGGAGGCAGACAGACUAAGGCUCUCCUUCACAGAUGGUUUCUGUCCAUAACCACAGUGUGCUUUUUUUAGACAGGAGACAGGGUGUGGAUGACUGUGUACCUACCGCAACUAUAUGAGAAAACAGAGUGCCUCCAGACACACAUGCAGCACCAAAACAACGCCUCUGCAUGAUGGCGCAGACUGGCCGGUGGUGUGACGAAAUUAUACAUCGGUGUCAUUUCUAGCAGACACUUUAGAAAAUAAGCUGUACCCUGACAGCAAUGGAAAAGAGGAUAAUAUCCUGUUUGUUUUGGAGAAACAUUUACAUUGUGUUGCAUCAAUCAAACCCAUAUUUUUCCUGAAGUUAGUCAUCAUCACAUCCAAAGGAAAAAAAGUUCUGUAUUUUUAAUUGCCUCUACGGGGUGAAAACUCGAGCUCUGAUGUGGGUUUUACCACAUAGGUGCAAAUAAAAGCUCCCAUAGGUACACUUAGUCUUCCUCGUGCUUUGCUUGUCUUGUUUUGUCCUUGACUGAAUGCCUCAGACUGGUAAACAAUGUCAGACUAACAACCUCCAGCUGGAACACGUUCUGUGUUUGUUUGGGCAAUAAAACCCUGUGUGAAUAAUGAAAUUCGAUCAUUCAGAAUACAGUGUGAGGAUGGAUCCUUUCAUCUGGGUUUAAGCACAAUAAUAUCCUCACAAACAGGACGGUUUCUCUGUUAGUUUUUCCUAAAGAGAAACAUGAUGUAACUGAACACAACAUCUGAUUUUGGACACCUUGACAACAAAUGCCCAUCUGAAAGACAGUUUGUGGUCGCAGUCUUUGAACAUCUGUCAUGACAGUUGUGUUUCUAUUAUGCAGCCGCACUCGGGGCAGGAAAUUAAACUCAACAACCUUAUUUUAUGCCGCUGUGUCGUGCAGCAGGCAAGCAUGUGUCUUAGAGAAGAGAUUUAGUGUGUCAGUACUCGAAGUGACUGUCAGCAAAUAACUUGAGACUAAUAAUGUUCUCUUAUUUAUUAAGGCUCAGGAAAACUAGAAUAUCAACCCCUUUUAACAAACUGAUGUAGGUACAGUACGGUAUAAUCACACAUGUAAGGGUUUUGAGUUUAAUAAACCAAUUUAAUGGAGUUCAAGUAAUCUACACAUAACAAGUCUGAAACAAAGUCUGUUGUAGAUUAGAUGUGAGUCAGUGUUUUGAAGUAGAGCUCUCCCAUAGUAGCAGAUAAUUUUGGAUAAUUUGUCUUAAACGGGGCUUUUCCCAUUUAACGUGGUCCGGAUACAGAUACAAUCACAGAGUUGGCUGCUUUUUAACAUUUGGUUCCACAUGACAUUUCAAUGUGGCCCUCAUUAAACUACUACAUGUUUCCCCCGCCCCCCUCUUGUGACGAGUUACUGUUGAUUUUAGGGGCGAUCGUACAUUAUAAGAUUACUCGUCUGGGGCAGUUGAAUCACCAAGAAUCACUCAAAUACAAUGAGAUGUGUUAUUGUGGAACUCUUUUCAGAUAGAGCCUCUUAAAGGUUGUUGCUUGUAAUUUCUGUCGUAUGCUGUUUGUUUUUUUGUGAUCUUCCUUUGCUUCUAUGGCAGAUUAUAACUUUCAAAGUCAUUUUUUGUACUUUUAAUAAGCUAAGCUGUCGUGAGAAACUUUUACAAUUUAUUCAUACGACCUGCUUUUUAAAAAAUUGCUUUAAUGCGCUUCAAUAUCUGAUCGAUAAGUCGCCCUUUUUGGUGCAGCAGCUGGGGGUGCUGGUAUUUCCGAGGAGCUCCCGAAGGUAACACGGGGGGCUUGAGCGGUUCCUCAGCAGCUCUGAGGACACACAUAGACACACAGUCAGCCUUUAGGGACUGCUGCAGUGAUAAGGUAAGAUAUAUCUCUAUGUGUUUAAUCACAGGACAAGUUUAAUUGGCGUUUUUUAUCACUCAAUUCUCAAUUCAAGCUGGAGUCUGGUCGGGCUCGAGUCCAAACUGACGGUUAAUGUGUUGAGAAGACGGCGUAAACGUUCACACGUUAGGAGGAUUUAUACCCUUUUGUUGACUUCUUCUCGAUUUUGGUCAUUUUAACGGCGUUAUUUGUGUCUUUGACUGUCUCUGUGAGACAAAAAUGUAGACUGGGAGGACUGGUGUUGUGAUGCUGGAAGUCCGCAUGGCUCCUUUUGUUGACUGCGGCAGGGAAUUAAAUUUAGCGCCAACGAGUCCACGCGUGGUCCGUUCAGUCGGUCAAUGAAGGUUACGUUUAUCAAUGGACGUUAUCUUCUUCUUGAGCGAUAAAGCAGCCGGGCAGUCUGCCACCCCUGUAGCGGGUAAGUGUUGAAGUCACUGUAAAAACGACACUGGAAAUCGAGUUUUCAACAUCUACGAGCUGUUACUUAAAUUUUAAACCUUAAAGUUGUCUCACAUUUUUCACGUCUUUAAAUCCAACAACACAUAACGUCUGACUAAAAUGGCUGACAAAAAAGUAAAUUAUUUUUCAGAGUUAAAUUGUCCAAAUUUAAUCCGUAUCGAUAGCUAAAUCUAAUAAAAAUGACGACAUUUCUCUUAUUUCAGAUAGGCGCUGGGUAUAAAUCAUGGGGCACCAUGUGGGGAAGCACGUGUGUGACAGGCUGCUUUAAUCAUGUAGUUAUCGGUAACACGUGGGUAGAUACUAUCACAGGGCCUGACAGUGGAGACACUGAUGAAAAGACUCCGUUGAAAGCUCCGUUAGUGAGUUAAACGGAUGUGCGGUUAUACCUGCUUGCUCUGACAUCUGCAGAAAGCGAGUCCGUAUGUAGGUCAUAGAUAUCCUUUUUGGUGAGUUUUAUAUAUGUGCCCUCUGGAAAUCAAUGAUAACUUUGGUUCAAUCAGUUUUUAUGUUCUUCUUCCGUUCAUUAUUCUGCUGAUAAGGGCAUGUAAUGGUUUAGGCAGGCAUAGAUUUGCAGCAUUUGUUUUAAAUUUACCACAGGAUUACUAUAACUCCACUAAAUGACAAAGGGAUCUCUGUGGCUAUGACAGAGUGUUUCCUGGCUUGGCUCACUGUCACGCGUGUUUGUGCUAUUUGGGACUCUGCUGACCUUAAACACAGAGAAGAGCAAACCAGAAUGCCUGGCUUUGUCUUUCACAGAGCAGCUGAUGGGACAGCAGUCUUGACCAACCUCUGGCUGCACAUGUGCAUCUGUUAUACAGGAGUAGGGCUGGGUGAUAAAACGAUAUCAAUAUAUAUAAAAAAUGUAUUUCUUCUCCGAAAUGAAUGACUGAACCCCUAACCCCCAUAUGGGGUUUCACUAUAUAGCUGACUAUGUAUUGAGCUCAAUCACCGGAGGUUUCGGACACUACAUGGCGCACUGUUGUGACGUCACUGCUCAGACUGCCGCAUUUGAAGUUGCGGCCGUUGUUUUCACAUCUCUUGAAUUUUUUGGUGUUGUAUAGAUGUAUUUGUUUUUCCAGGAUGUUCAUGAAAUAAAAAAAAUUAACAAAAAAAUAUAUAUAUAUUAAGAAGGCCUUAUAUUUUCGUGCUGAAUAUUGUUUGCUGCGUCAUAUUGUGCACGAGACUAUAUGAUGCUCCUAUGUAAUAGCUCCUCCAUCUUUGAAUUGCCGCUGGAGACACAAUGCAUGAUGGGAUGGCCACCACCGGUGAGUGACCAUCGGCUGGUCACUACAUUUUGCAAUGCUCUAUGGGAAAUUUUGAGUUGUCUGUAUGGGGCACUGGAAUUGAUCACUCAGGUUUCAGACACCCCUCAAAAUGGCGCUAACCCCAAUAUAGUUGCCUAUAUAAGGGUUAGGGAUCCAUUUUGGACACAGCCAUAGUCAGUAUGCUUUUCGAUAGCUGGCAUUCUGCCAUGUUUUGGUAGACUAUAUGAAUAGCCAAUGAAAAGGGGAGUUGCUUUGCGCUGAACCAAUCAUGUGCUGAAUUUGAACCAAGUAGCAAACAACUGUGUAGUAGCAGGCUGCAGCUACACCAAGGGUUGCACUCUAACAGGUGAAGCCGACAGCACUGUCAGUGAGAGAAAAAAAAAAAGACACUGUCGACAACACUGGCACGAAAACAUGUGGUGUGGAGGUAUUUUGGUUUUUGAGGUCGGACAUGAAGUAGAGUAAUGUGCACUGCAAAUUAUGUCGAAUACAUAUUCUUGCAAAGCUGGGUAAUACCUCAAAUCUUUUUCACCGGCAGUGGCAUGCGGCAAAGCACACGCAAUGCAAAAGGGUACAAACCCCGAGCAGAGCAAGGAGCCCAUGGCGCCUGUGCAGCCGAAACAGCCGACCAUUCAGUCCACUUUCUCUAGUCGAAGAGACACAAAGACCUCACAGAUGCAGUAGCUUAUUGUAUUGCAAAAGACAUGCUACCAAUAAGCACUGUUAAAUUUCAUUUUUUUUAUAUCCUGAUAUUUAUCGAUAUCAACUGAUAUGAAAAAAAAUGUAUUGUGAUAAACUUUUUUCCCAUAUUGCCUAGCCCUAUACAGGAGUAGGAGUGAAGUUUCUCCAUCUGUUGUCUGUGUUGGCGGUUCAAAAAGAAGAUGUACAUUGUGUUUCAUGCUGGUAGAAUACACAUUUAUCACUUGAGGGUGGUGGUAGCUGCCCUAAGAAGAUAAGAUUAGGCCGACUCACUCAUCAUGGGAGGAGGAGGACCAUGACCCCUCUUGUGUUGCCCAUUUUAAACCAUCAGUGCUGACUCAAGUGGAUGUUUCUAUUGCCAGUCCACCAGUCAGCUAUUUCUUCAGACCACUUGAACCAACAAAAAAAGACAAGCAGCUGGAGAUGGGCUUUGUUCUUGCUGUCUCUGAGUGGCGGGAAAUGAGCUGCCGUAUUGUGGGGGGUGAGGACAAUAGGGUAGGCAUCCUCCCUCUUUUGGCAUAUGUGUUUUCGUUCUUUCAACAGUUCCCCUGAGGGUUAACAUUUUAAUGCCGCCUUAAAAGGGCCUUAUUAGUGUCUCUUUCCUGUCACCUAGCUGCGGUUUCCUGCUCUUGUAUUGUAUUAUCCUGAUUACAUCCCUGAUUCUUGUAAAGCAUGACAGUCUGUCCCCUGCUCCGCCCUGUGUUUGGGCAGAAUUUAUGUAAGAGGCAGAACUUCUGUAACAGCGGAAAACUGAAAACUGUCAGUAUAGAUGUGGAGAACUGAGAUGUAGUCAGAUCCAGAAGCACAGAGGUGUUGAGAUUAGUCUUAGAGUCAUAAUUUUCCUUUUCUAAAGUGGAACACAAAGGAUGAAUUGUGACUCACCAACAUGGCUGAGAAAUAAAGAGUCAGUGUGUUUGCUUGAAGUGAGAAUAUUUAAAUUAGGGGGAUGAAAACUGGUCGAUUCACUGUGGUGUGAUCCCUAACCGUUAAAGAGACUAUUGAAGAACAGCAGUCAAUUUCUGACCUUAACUUCUCAGAAAAAUAAAGGUCCGGUCUGUUGUUGGAGUUUUGAGCUGAUUUAUCCAUCUCCAUGACUUGCAGUUGGUCACAGCACUGGAACCCUACAGUGUUACUCAGGCCUGCUGUGUUCACUUUUUGUGACCCUGAACACCUUAAUGCAUCUCUGUCCAUGUGGAAGUGAUGAAGUGACUUUGUAUGAGAGUUCUUCUUUCAACAGUCAAUGUCCACUUGAAGUAGUUUUGGCUCACACUGAGAUGUGGUUUCUGUAUUUCUCUGAAUUUGACACCACCAUUUUAUAUAGUGCCAGUUGCAACAUGAAAGCUGUUGAAAGGUUGGCAAUUGUCUGUGAAACUGGCCUCCUACCAAACCAGGCAACCAUAUUUUUAGCCACGGUAACUGGAGCACCUAUACUACUAUGGCCAUAUUGAAUCUCCAUAGGGAUAGUUUAGGUGAUUGAUGUUCCCUUGUCAUUGAUGGACAAGAUGUAUGAUUAAUUAUUUUUGUUUUGGAAUAGAAAACAUCUGAUUAUGUUUGGAAACAUAUUUGCUGUAUAUAACUAUGGACCUCACGCCUCUGUCUCAUUUCUUUGUGAAACAAGUGAAACCAAAAUGCUGCUGCAGUGGUCUCUGACAUAUGGCACUGGUGUAAUAUUUCAGAGCAUGGCAUAUGCAGAAGUCAUCAGGCUGGUGUAUCUGUGAGAUUAACUUCACACCCCCUCCUCGUAAAUUAACAUAUUUAACGAACACAUGAAAUGUCAAAGAUCCCACAGGUCAGUCCAGUCCAGAGGAGAACCGUGACACUUGUCCUGUCCUCUGUCCUGUCUGUUGCAAUGGAGAAGGUGGACUUGAUGACUUGUACUGCAGCCAGUCACCAGAGAAGGGACUGAAUAUUUUGGCAUCACUAUUCAGGAACUGUCUGGUUGUCUAUCUCAUACAGACAUGAUGGUCAGUGGAGGGUCACUGAACCCUUGUUUCGUACAGCUGUUAAUGUUGUAAUCCUCAGUGAUGCUGCUAAAAACCUAAAGUGCAGCGUUUUAAUUGAAGCACUAAUCCAGCUUGAUGUUUUUAAUUUGGUGGCUGAAUGUUUCCUCUUGAGAACUGAAGAAGAAAAGAUCAGGGGUAUUAGUAGAUUAGGAAAGCUUAAUACAUGAUACGAUCUUGUGUGGGUUUUUUUUAGUAGUGUAAUAUUUCUAAGAAGCUCUGUUCUCAUGUUCUCCUUCUUUCUUCCCUUUCAUUGUUUGGUUAUUUUUGAUUUCUCUCCUUCACACAGAUUGAAGACAGUCUCUCACACUGUCCUUGAAGUGUGAACGGGCAUUGAGGCAGUAAAAGUCAGUGUACUGCAUCGUAACUGAAAUGUAGUCUUGGAUGUCUCGGGCUGUUGAGCAAGCUGCGUUUUAUAUUUCUGCACGUAUGUGUGUUGGUCAUUCUAGGAACGAUGUGUAAUGGGAAACUUCAUGCUGUGAGGCACAGAUGUGAAUGGCGUACAAAUCACAAGUGGUCACGUUUUACGAGUCAAACAUACUUUAUUCAGCGUUGUGAGACAACAGGGGGAUACAGAUUUAUCUCUGGCUAUAUCUAGACCAGGUCCUUAAGGACUUGUGUUCACCAUAACCCAGAAAUUUAUCUCUUCCCUUGCAGGGAAAUACAGUUUGUAAGUUUCGUAGUGCUAAGUACACUCUCUAAAUUGCCCAGUCUUACAUGUCCUGAAUGAAAACAGGCAGAUUAAACAGAAAAACUAAAAGACCUUUAAUAAAGCUUGGAAUAUUUUGCUGCUACCAGUGUAAUGAAUUUGAUUUAGUUUUCUUGUCCCAAGUAUGAACCAUUUUAUUGCUCCUCAUUAGUUAAUGGAAGUUAAUUAUGAUCAGGUUGGCUCCUAUUUGUGAAAUUACCUCUUAAUUAGAUUACUAGAACAGAAACCUGCAGGUCUUCAUACACCCUGGACUCCAGUGUUCAGCUGGUUGAGAUUGAAGUUUUCUAAACUUGCAGGUUUAUUUGAAUUUAUGAGGUUCACGUCAUAGCAUAUCACAACAAGCAUUACACAUUCUGGCAUGUAGCUGAUUUUGUGACUUAGGUGUUUUAAAAAACAUGUUAUUUAUAUGGUUAAAGUAUUAUUAAUCAGAGAUGAUUCUUGCCAGAGCAGAUGUGUUGUCUAUAAGCACUGGGAACUGACCUCGAAGGAAGGUCAUUCCUCCCUCGCCUCAUCAUAUGACCAGCAUCAAACUAUCCUGUGGCUCAGCCUGGAGAAUAAAGACAAGCCUGUUAUGAAGGUAUGCUGGUGAAGUAAAAACGAGUACUCUGGUCUCUUCCUAUUAAGAUCUACCUCUACGGUGAAUGUAUGCGUUAAAAAACUUCAACCUCCACUUGAAACGGAGCAAACCGCUUUCAAGUGUCACUUAAAUGCCACACAUACCCUGACUCUUGGCCAGUAUAGAGCUGCAGAUGGACGUGCACCUCCAUGACACUUGGGUGCACCAGCUUUUUGUCUUUUCAUUUGCCAGCUUUAAGAUUGGCAGGGGGAGCUUAAUGCUCAGGUGGUCCACACUGUCCCAGGUUAUACUAACCCCCCAUCAAGAGUAGGAGUUCAUAACACAGAGCCACCGCUGCAGUUCUGUAUGUGGGAAACCCAGUCUAGAAUUCCAGGUCCAAGAAGGUUGUAAAAAAAAUUGAAGGAUUUUGAAUUUUCUUUGAAUUGAGUCAUGGAAAACGGAAACAAACAGAUUCAUGAGCCAACUUGUGUUUGUCAGACUACACCAGAUUUCCUUUUUGGAAAGCAAGGAGAAGCUCUUAGAGAAAGAGACAAAGUUAGGCAUUGGACAUAGUAGUGCCCAUGGUGAGCACCGAGCAGACUAAACUGCACUUAAUUUGGCCAGAUUUGAACUCCGUUUUUCCUCCCUGACAGAAGAGGAAACAAUAAAUCGCAGCUACACCUGGUAAAUCUUCUGCCAUUGGAGUGCCCAUUGUUCCAGUUGGAUGUGGCUGAGAGAGGCUCGCUAGUAAAAGUGUCAGACCGAUGCCAGACUGGAGUUUUGUACCCCUCUACUGACUACAAAGUGCCUGUGUGACUGUUUGAGUGGUGGCACCAUUUCAGCACCGGGCGUCUCGGGCCAGCUGGCUCGUUCUGAUGACACUUUUGGUUGAGAGUGGAAUACUUUACAGGAAUCUGGGACAUAACUGAGUGAGUGUGCUUUAAAAAAUGCCAAUCAGAACUGCUUGAGGAAGGUGCGUAGAUGGACUCAAGCAGCGUCUUUGGGUUUGAAAUGAAAUACUCCUUCAGCUGCUUGAAUCCAUCCAAAUCAACACCAACAGUUAAAGCUCUUCUGAAGGACUUUCAACACUAUUUCUAUGACGCUGAGUAGUCGCCUGGAAAGAUAAGUUCAUCACAGAUUGCCAAAUACUCUGAGAUCAGAACUGAAUUUGUGGUUGAAGAUGAUAAAAUUGCUCUGUAGCAAGAUAAGAAUCAGGAUGUAACUCUGAUCAAGGCUGCAGCGCUUGGCCACCUGGUCCAUCUAUUGCAACAACUUUUGUGCAACUCCUCCUCCUGUCUCUACAGUUGUGGUUUGUUUAACAGGACACACAUGAACACUGGUGUUCGGCGGUGAACAGUUGUCUCAAGAGCUCUGAAAUGCACAAGUACUGUGGACGACUAUAUGUUGUAAAUAAAAGGUUCAAAUCUCCCAGAGUGGGAAGCUGAAUGUUCAUGCAUGUAGCACCAAAUAUCUUUUUUUUGUUUAAUGAAAUAAGAUUCGAUUUAGUCGGAUUAUGGCUGAUGUUUCCAAGGUGGUUCAAAUAUUAAUGAUGAUGAUAAUGGCGACUGUUGUGUUUGCACCACUAGCAAAACACUGCCAGGAGUAAUUUAGACGCAUGAGGCUCAAGAGAAGUGAGCAGCAGCCUUUCAGUAAUUGUACAAUACUCCUAUCCCAGUGUGUGAUUUUAAACAUUGUUACAGAGCUGUGGAGGCCUGAGCUUCUCAUGCUCAUGUUUCUCCCUGUAUUUGUUCCAUCUUCUCAGUUCACUUUGUUACUUUUCUGGUAUGACCUCCACUAGAGCGACUUUGAACUAACUUUCUGCUUUGGCGUGUUUUACAUCCGAGAUUAUGCCUUUUAAAAAAAGACCUUACAUUUGAAUGGGCUUGUAUGUGUGACUCUUUGUAUUAAGUGUAGCAAAUGCGUCACCAGCCGUAUCAAACAUUGGCCUCUUCAUGGCCUGUCCUCCUAACAACAAGAAAACGAAACAGUGCAGUGGUAUGAACGCUGCUUAUUUGAUACAGAUGCUCCGUGGAGUUCUCUGAACAUUAAAACAAGUUUUGCAAUUUUAGCAUGAGUCACCAGUACAUUUUUUUAGGAAGUCUGACAGAUCUGAUGAAUGCUUUUUCUUCCUCAAACUUUUGCAGUCCAAUUUUUCUUCAAAGGUUUGAAGUCUACAAUGUUUACUCCAGCUUUUGGACUUGGAUGGAUCUCCUGAGCUUUAUUUCCUGCCAAACGGCGCAGAGUUUUCAAGGAGAGAAUAGUCAUUGAUUUUUUAAUUAUUUUGUUUGGAGAUGUGGUCACAAAUGUCAGUGUGUGUUUCCUGUCAGAUGCAAGGUAAAGACAUUAGAGGAGCAGGUAGAGAGAGCAUAAUAGGAUAAAUCAAGAAUACAGAUAAGAGCUGAGUGAAGAAGAGAUGAGGAAUGAUCAGACAACACUGGAGUAAAUAGGACUGCAGAGUGAGUUGCACAACACAGGCAAGGAAAGAUCCUGUCAUGAAAAAAUUGAUUAUGGAGCCACUGGAGAGACACUGUGGAUGAAAUGAGGUGAGAAAUUAGUCGCAGUAGGAAGUGGAGGGAGAAAUUGAAAAGCUGUGGGUGUCUUGACUGUAAAAUAGGAAAACAUGGAGGUUGGAAUAGAUGACAACAUUUGGAUACAAAGGGCAAAGACUCAGGAGCUUUGGAGAGGAAAAUAAUCCUACAGCUUCUUGUCUUUGCUGAUGCCUUAGGAUCCUUUCUCUGAGCACAUUAAAUGAUCCAGGGAGGGUACUUGGUCUUAACUUGACCUGAAACAAACUUAGGAGCAGACAGAUUUGUAUCAAAAAGGCUUCACAAACAUAUGGAAGAAAAAAGUCUCGAUCUGUAGAAAGGUCUGAAGUCCAAAAGUGAGUUUGAGGUGAAAGGAAGAGGGAGGGAUGACUGAGAGAUUCAGUGAGGGGGCAGGGCCCAGUGGGCAGCAGACAGCGGGGUGUCAACCCACUGAACCUCUCUGUGGUAUAAAGUGAAGCAGAGCUUUUUUUUUCAGCACUUGGGCAUCUGACCAGGAGAAAGCGGAGUCUGUUUAAAUCCUGAUUGGAGUCUGCUGUGAGUAAUUGAAUGAAGUCUGGUUUCUCCUAAGGUGAUUGGGGUCAGCGUUUGGUGAAGUGUUUCUUGAGUAAAUGUCAGCUUCUCUAGAGAAACUUGUCAUGCUGAUCUUGAUGAUUUGUGGGUUUGGGGAGGUUGUUUUCUGUAAGUUUCAGAAUUGUUUAGAAACUUAAGCAAUCAAGUGGGGAGAUUUUUGUUCUGCAUAUUUGUGUGUUUGUGUGUCAUCCUUCUUGCACUUUCUUUCUGACUUUGAACUCUGAAACUGGGAAGUUGAGUGAGCUGAUGUUAUGCUCCAUCUGCUGCUUCUGAAUAUGAACUAACACUCAGAACAGAACAGCUUUAACAGAAUGUGUGCGUUACCUCUUUUAUUUACUUACAUCAAGUCAAUCAUAUGUAUGCUAUUUCUUGAACAGCUGUGUUGACUGAGAGCGUGUUUAAAUAUGUAAAUACGGGAGCAGGCCUUGUAUCUCACAGCUAUAAAUGGCGUAAAUGUAUGUGCUGACCUGGCACACUAUAAAUGCUCACAGUUUGUAAACAUGUAUUUGUUAUCUGUGUGUUUCAGACCCUGUGCCUCCCUGAUUAAACUCGACGCGACGUGUCGGCCCAGAAUCAUGACAGCCAUCAGCGCACCUCGGGACAAGUAAGACGAGUGCUUUUAUUCUAUUUUAAUAUCAGAACAGAGAGCCGGGGACUAAACUGUUGAACUCUGUUUGUUGAUAUUAACUCAAACACUUGAUUCAUGUUCUCUAAUGUAAACUUCCUCUGUCUCUUUUCCCAGAUACAAUGCCGUAUGGAUUAUUUUCUUCAUCCUGGGCUUGGGAACCCUCUUACCCUGGAAUUUUUUCAUGACGGCAACAAUGGUCAGUUAGGCAACAUUAUGGGGCAGUUGCAUUCGCCGUUAAAUCCAGUUAAUCCUCAGAACAACAAACAGCUGGAGAGGAAAUAGAGCUCUCUUGGUGGCCUGGUGGUGGGUUGAUUAAGGGGUUGAGCUCCUCUUUUAGAGGAGGGUCAGAAAAACUUGGAGAAAACAAAAGUUGUUUGUUUACUUUUCCCUCCUAAACCACCUGGUUUUACUCGGGUUGCCUGAGCUGACUCCAGCCAGGUGGAUUAACUUGCUUCUCUAAUCCCUGGCUUUUCUUUUUGGCUCUCAAAGGGUUAACAUCUUUAAAUAAUGGAAUUUCAGUUUCAUAAUCCUCGGGGAGUUGAUUUGGACCUGAGGGUAAAGUUUAAACCCCCCACCACCACCUCAUUUUCUCCUUAAGAGGACCUCCACUUUAAAAAAAAGGUCUUCUCAGAUGUGGAUUAAACAGCUUAUUUUAAACAAUACAAUUUAACAUCUACUCUUUUUUGUCUAUUCUCAUCACUGGUUAUCUUCCAGAGAGCUGAUUUACUGAGUAAACGUUCCCCCACUCUCUUUUUUUAGUACUUCACCAGUAGGCUGAAGGACCCACCCACCACCACGGACCUGUUCGCAAACCAGACGACAAAUGGGACUUUGGCAGCGGAUGGGGACACUCGCAACGUCCUGGAGUCAAAGUUCAACAAUGUGAUGACACUCUGCGCCAUGGUGCCCCUCCUCAUCUUCACCUGCCUCAACUCCUUCAUCCACCAGAGGUAUCAAAUCUGCUUCAUACCGACACGCCCCCACUCAACACGGCCGCUAUCAUGCAUCUUAUAGCAUGAGGACAAAAUCUGCAACACGUUUGUUUAAAUGCAGGAAUGAAUACUCCAAGUCUUCAGAGAACAUCUGUCUUGUCACUGUCCUGCUCUCUUUUAGCCCCCACCCCUGCUCUUUGUGACCCUUCUCACCCCCGCUCAGGUCAUUUGAUCCUGUUACGUGAACGUAUGUCUGUAUGAUGUCUCCAGGAUGUUUGCUUUAAUUAGUGUAGGGUUUGAGAGACCUCGAAGGUGCACCGUGACCACGGCUGACUCUUUCCUACACAAACACACCCAAGAAUGCUAUUUAUGUUCUCUGCGCCCCCUCCCCAUCUUUUUCUUACCUCUCCCUGCUUCUCCUCAGACUUUGUUCUUUUCCUCCUGCUGACCCUUGUAUCCUCAGUCGACUCAUUUCAUUUCUGCAGAACCUUUUGGUCUUCCUUAUUUUUCCAUCUUUUUAAUACACUCCAGUUCCUCUUCCGUUUGCUUUGUCUACUCUUUACCCUUUCAUCAUCAUAAUCAGGAAAUGUUUGUUUUUGCGUUUGACGAUUAAUCAUAUUCCGUUCCUACACAGCUAUUUCUGUCAGGCUCAGUUAAACAGGAUCCUGUUUACCCCCUGAGUUUGUUGAACACCUCUCUUCUGAAUAAAGAGACUCUGCACGUGGGAAAUGUGUUUGCUAGAAACCUUAAAAUUAACUUGUUUACUUAAACAUAUUAUUUCUUUUUUCUAUUCAGCCUACGAUAAUUGAAAUCACUCUCAGCGGUCCAAAAAAGGUGCGGCUGAUGUCCGUGGUUUUGGUUUAGUUUGGUUGUGCAGUAAUUUUAAUUUCAUUUGACUCUGUGUGUCUCAGAAUCCCCCAGAAGCUGCGGAUAUCUGGUAGCCUGACGGUCAUCCUGGUGGUUUUCCUGCUGACAGCAGUGCUCGUGAAAGUUGAUGUUGCCCCGCUGCCUUUCUUCACCCUCACCAUGAUCAAAAUUAUCUGCAUCAACUGUGAGUUUCUAAACACAUCACCUUUGAAAACGACUUCAUCCUUCAGUACAACAUGAAGUCCAGGCUUGCAUCAGAUACACGAGCAGUCACUUACAGGGAAACUGAAGCAUGGUAGAUAAAAAAAAAUAUCAGUAAAGUGUUUUGGUUUGUGUCAUGUGAUUAUAUUUGUAGCAUGUAAACUAAGAAUAGAGAAGGUCCAAGGAUACUUCCUUGAUGAACCCCUUAAAUUUCAUUAACUUUGUACGGCAUGAUAUCAAUCAAACUUUAUUUUUUAAGCACUUUUCAUACAAAGAAUGUAUCACAAAGUACUGUCCAUUCAAGCAGGAUAUUUGAAACAAUAAAAGAAAAUAAAUGAAAUACAAAUACCAAACCCCACCCACCCUCCCAACCCCCAUUCAACACAUACAGCACUCACACACAGAUGCAUACACAAAAGACUGAGGAAAAACUGGAUCUAGAACUAAAGUGAUAAAACCAUGAUAAAAUAUAAUAAAGGUGAUAAAGCGUUAAAAGUUUAUUGAAUGAAACAGUCUUAAAAUUAAACAGUAACAGAAAGUAAAUUUAAAAAAGAGGUAAUAAAACACAAAAUAGGUACUCUCGAACUAAAAUAGGGUAAAAUCACAUAACGCAGAUAAAAAUUAAAACAAAAUUAAACUAAAAGCCGGACUAAAAAGAGUAGGUGUUGAGUUCACAUUUAAAAAUAUGAACAGUAGUGAGGAACCUCUUUUGUAAACCCAACCCAAAGCCUGUGAGGUGUCACACUACAUAAAAUUCCCACCUCAGCGUAAUGCAGGUAACUUUUACUGCAAGGCUGAUGUAUGGGACUGUUUUAGUUGCAGGAUUAUCUCCACCUUAUUUCUACUUUGAACUCAUGCAGAAGAUAAUCCCUGCCUGUUUGCUUCUUUGAUCCUCUUCUGCAUCAUCCGCUGUGUUGGGAAAAUCUUCCCCUUUUCUCCCUCAAACUACGCCGAGCUUCAGAACUCAGUCUGUCACCCCACAGUGAGUGUUUGUUUACAAAGAGUCACUCAGCAGCAGGGAAAAGCUCACCCCGGUCGAGAUCCCCUUGGUCCGGCUCUGCCCUGACCCUCAGGUCCUCAUGGUGAACAACCUCAUGGGUGUUUGAUUUAGAGUGAAGGGUGCCGUGACCUCAGCGCUUUGAUAUCUCUGUCCACACAUUCCCUCAUUAGAUGCUCGUUUCAAGAUGUGCAGCUUAUUAACGUUCAAAGAUGUUGUACGAACAUCAUUAACUGUGUGUCAUGCUAGUUUACAUGUAUGGAAAAGCAUUUUUGGCAGCAACUUUAAGUAAAAUUGGAUUUAAAAAAAAAAGAAAAUAGUUGUAUAACCGUGAACGCCACAAAAACUUCUUGGCUAUCUUCACAGCUGCAUCCUUUCCUGUUGCCUUGUGUGUGUUUGAUCCAUGUCACAGUGACCCUUUAAAGCGUAGUAAAUCUCAAACAUUCUUGUCUUGUGUGUGUGUUUUUUUUUUCUUUCUGUCCUCCUCCCCAGCGUUCGGUGCGAUCCUUCAGGGCAGUCUGUUUGGGCUGGCAGGGAUUCUGCCCGCAUCCUACACCACUCCCAUCAUGAGCGGACAGGGGCUUGCCGGCGCCUUUGCUGCUUUCUCCAUGAUCUGUGCACUGGCCAGUAUGUCCAAUCAUAAGUACACCACUUCUAGUAGAAGGAGUAUAGAUACACCAGUAAGCCAGAGCAUUCUUAGUGUGGUAUAUUUUACUUGUAAGGAAGAAGCACUGAUGCUAGAGAAGGAAACACAUUUUUUUGUAGCUUGAAUUUAUGUAAGACUGAAAUAUUUUGCAUUUGAUAUGAAAGUUAAAUUAAAAAAAGAGGACUCAUUCUUGAAGAAAUAGGAACUUGCCCGUAGCCAAGACAUAGGGGACGAUGUUAUUUAGCUGGUCCAGACACCCUCUGAUGAUUUUCUGUGUCUUUGUCUGCAGGUGGGUCCGCCCUACAGGACAGUGCUUUUGGUUACUUCAUCACAGCCUGUGUUGUUAUCCUGUUGGCCAUCAUGUCCUACCUCGCUCUGCCCCGCAUGGUAAGAUUUCUCAUGCAUCCAGUUAUGAACCUUGUUUAUUUUCUAAGUGAGUGUUUUAGCGUCUGAUAUUAUAUAUAAGUCUGGUUUCCAAGAGCUGAAGAUAACUUCUCAUCAUCUUGGUACUUCCUUGGCUUCAGUCUGUGUUUCAGAAAACACACCUUGUCAUGGUAUUUUGGAUCUUCCCACAGACAUGUCUCCUUUGUUCAGUCAAAUAGACUUAUUUUGGGUUUUCUUUCACGACAACAGGAGUUCUUCCAGUACUACAUGGAGAGUAAUGUAUCCAGGCCCUCUGCUGACGAGGAAAACAAGAUGGAUUUACUCAGGAAAGGUAAAUACAAUACAAUCACAGACAUGCUCCAUUUUUUUCAUUUCCCAUGAGUAAGUUACGACAGAAGAAGAACUGCACCGUUUUCUGCAUUUCAGUUCAACCUCAUUAUUUUAGCCAAGAGAAGAUCUGGAAGAUAAAAUUCAUCCAAAAAAAACUGCAGCUCUUUGAAAAUAUGAACGUUUUAUUUUCUUUUGUGACACUUUGUGAAAAAGUAUUUAAAAAGCAGUCUUCCACUGUGUGACUCUGACCAAACAACAGGAAACCUUCAGGAUGAAGACAGCAUUAGUCUCUUUGCUUUGAUUUCCAUUUCAUUCCCUCAAAGUUUUCUGAUCACACGUCAACUUCUUUGGUCUGUGCAGGAAGAGCUUAAAACUUAAUAACACUUUUAGAACAAGUCACUAAGUGUGUCAGACAUGCCUUAAUCUCAGCGCCCCUCCUCGUAUCACCCUGAAGUUUGACUCGCUUACUUCAGAAUUACCAAACCCUCAGACAAGUGCUUACAGCAGUCGUCUUGGUGUUUUGGUGACAAUUUGCUGCCCACUCUGAGGCUGUGGCAUUUAUCACUACUGUCCUAGAGAGCAAAGGAAAUCCUCAGAGUUGUUGUCUAACAAACAGCUACUUGAGUGUGGGAGUAAUGGUUUCAACUCCAUGAGUCACAUGUGACCAAAAGAAUGUUAAACGGCCUUUUCUCUCACGUGUUGUCAGAUAACGGCGCAGAGAAGCGACCAGUGGUUAGUCUGACGGAUGACGAGGCCAAACCCAGCGUGUCUGUGUUCAGCAUCUUCAAACAGGUGAAACCAAUCAAACAUUUCCAUUUCAGUCCAUAACCCAUCAAAUUUUAACACAUGUGACACUUCUGAACUUGAUCAAUAUGAACUUUGAAUUUUGAUCCAUUAAACCUUUUGAGGACCCCUUUACUAAGUUAGAGAGACGCAGUUUACCUGUGAGACAAACCUUUGAUAACACGGUAUGAAUUAUGCUGGUCUUGUGCUCCCUAAUCAGAUCUGGGUGAUGGCGCUGUCAGUGUGCUUCAUCUUCACCGUCACUAUCGGGACAUUCCCAGCAGUCACAGUCGAGGUCCAGUCCACAGUAGCAAACGGAGGCGCCUGGGGUGAGUCCCACACAAUUUUGGAAACAAAACUUUGUUUGUUCCUCAGCAUGGAGAUGGCAGGCGGGGAGGAUUUUUAACCUCCACCCUCGACACAAAGUCUUGAUUUGAGACAGUUUCAGAAAGUUUUAUCGAAGUUUGCCAUAACUGAAUGAAUGAAACUGGCCGUGAAGAGGUUUUUUUUUUUUUUUUUUAAAUAAAAUGUUAAGAGUUUGUUUAAAUUUCUCAGCUCUGAAUACAUACAUUCAAAAAAUACAAAGAGGCUGUAACUGGACUUAAAGUAAUUGUUUGUUGUAAUGAGCUGUUUGGAUUAGGAUGCAUGUAGACACUUCAUAAUAAUAAUAAUAAUAAUAAUAAUAAUAAUAAUAAUAAUAAUAAUAAUUAAAAAACACACCUGACACACCUUAUUAAUCUCUGAAGGGAAAUUCAAUUGUCUGUUGUCUCACAUAAUAUGUCUCUAAAAGUUAUCUACUAUUUACACAAGAGUUACAAAGUCUGAUGCUGUGGGUACAAAAGAUCUUCUGCAUCGACUCUCUUUGUUCUGAAUAAAACCUUCAUUGUCUCAGCAUGGAAGUUUUGACCUUAACUUAACUCUGACUCACAUUACCAGAAAGCCUCCACUUUAAGUUUUUCUUGUGAAGAGUCCUCUCUCAACCAAGAUAGCUCAGAUGUUUGACUCAUGUCGUCCUGUGGUUGUAAACAGCGUUUUUGUUUUGCUGUCUCCUCAGAAACUUACUUCAUCCCUGUGUCGUGUUUCCUGCUCUUUAAUGUGAUGGACUGGGCCGGCAGGAGUCUGACAGCCGUCUGUAUGUGGGUCAGUAGUAACACUUUUUUUUUUUUUUUUUUUUACCACCACGCUCAGUCUCUCUAAUCUGCUCUGAAACUUUGAGCUCCUUUGGUGAGUUUCUCAGCCGGCUUGGACUCUGUCCCAACCAGCUGUAAAGUUUCCUGCAGGUUCAGAGGAUCGAGUCGGGUGAAACUUGAUAGCUAAUCUUGUCAUAACUUGUUGCUCUUGAGUACACAUGGCCUAGACUUCAGCAAAACAACUUUUCGAAAUGUACAGAUUUGUUGUAAUGAAUGUCUUUAACUGUCUAAAAUGUAAACGCUCAAGUAAAUCUCUGUGUGGAGAAGAAUAGAGGUUGAAAGUUAGUCAGAGUUUUUAGGGAAAUAAAAAAGACAAGUUGUGUGGCUUCAAUCAAACUUUUUAAAGAAGAGAUGUUUUAUUGUAUAUUCCAAAUUUGCUCCUUUUUAAUCUUUUACAUGCACAUCCAAAUGAACGACAACCUCCCUGAAACAAUUGAUUGCUCUCAAAACUUAAACCAGAAAACAGCCAAAAGGAACAAGCUCUUGUGAUGCCAUGUGAUCAAGAGGAAAUGAUCAAAUUGAAUAAAAAGCUUACAUAUUGAGAACAUUUGGUUAGCCCUGUACUCUCGAAUAACAGUAGUCAUCUGCUUCAGGAGCAUGUGAGUUUGUUUAUCAUUAUUAGGCAACAAUGAAGGUCAAAUGAAGGUCUCCGCUCUUGUGCUUCAGUCAGUCACGUCCCAAAACAAAUUCCCCCUCCUUAUUAAGAGAUGAAAUCAUUAACCCCGUUUUUCAAAGGUUAAACAUUUGCAGAGAGACACUGAAGAAUUCAGUUUAUUGAACUCUGCUUAACCGCAUACUUGACAUCAGAUAUACAGAAUUUGAACUCAGGAAUUUUAUUUGGAGGGAAGCUAAAAAACAAAACAGAAAAGAGAAAUGAUGUUAAAAAAAAGGCUUUGCAGGUUUUUUCUACAUUUCCUUUAAGCAUGAUGUAAACAUAAACUAGCCGUUCAUGCCAUAUAUCAGUGUUAGUGUCUGGGUGUAACAAGAUCUUAGUUAAUAUUGAUACCUAUUCAUGACCUUCAAAAAGUAGGAGAAGUCAGAGGUGUCACUGCAGGGGCCGCCAGAGUCCACAAAAACCAAUUUCACCAGUGUCGUAAAUACUUGGCUGAUAUUGUGAUUGUUUUUGUGUGGCUUAGGGUUAGAAAACUUUGCAUUCCUUUGUAGGGACUCAUGUAACGCCUUCAGUUCUUUUAAUGGUGUUGGUUUGGCCUGGCUGUUAGAUCGCUUGCCCCUCGUAACAGAGGCUUCGGUCUUAAAAGUAGGCAGACCCAGGUUGAUUCCAACCUGCUGUCCUUUGUUCACUCGUUUCACUGUUUCUUACUCCGUACAUUGUUGGCAUGAAAGGAAAAAGGAAAAAAAAAAAGACCUAUUUUGUCAGGCCAGCUAUCCAAAACCAUAAAAAAUUUAGAAAUUUUGGGAAAACUAGAUACAUCAGGGAGGAGAAAAGCAGCACCCCCUGGCUUUUAAAGUGGAUCACACUGUCAUUCCAGCUGCAGUUUUCUUCUCUUUCGUCUUCCAUAACUAAUCGCCCUCCUCUCACACCUUGCUGUCUGGAUCUGACUGAUCUCAUGAGUCCCUGUCUGAGGUUCCUGUGCUUCUGUCUCCACAGCCUGGUAAAGACAGCAUCUGGCUGCCCGUGUUUGUGGCUAUGCGGGUUGUCUUCAUCCCACUCUUCAUGUUGUGUAACGUUCAGCCUCGUCACUACCUCCCUGUGCUAUUCUCCCAUGAUGCGUGGUACAUCAUCUUCAUGAUCUUCUUCUCCUUCUCCAACGGAUACCUCGCCAGUCUCUGCAUGUGUUUCGGACCAAAGUAAGAGCAACACACUCACAGUAAACCUUCACGGUUAAAAGGUAAAGCACUGACUCCUCAUGAAUUUUGUCCCACCGCUCUCUCCUUACAGGAAAGUGUCACAGCACGAGGCGGAGACAGCCGGAGCCAUCAUGGCCUUCUUCUUGUCUCUGGGCUUGGCGCUGGGUGCUGCGGUCUCAUUCGCUUUCCGGGCCAUGAUCUAAGAUCUCUCUUCACAACCCUGCAGUAGAUUAGACCACCUCGCCCUCCUACACUCCCCCCCCCUCUCCCACCCUGUACAGGAGAGGAGACAGCAGACGAGGAGUCUCAAGGACAGCAGUCUUCUAAAGUGUACAGCAGAGACUCGCCUCACGCAACAACCUCAGCAGCAGCAUAACGCUGAAACACAUCACAGAUUUUAAUUUAGUCUCAAACUGAGCAGCACAGUGUGUCAACGCGUGCCUGUUUAACCGGUUUCCUUUCAUUGCAAACGAUCAAACAGGUUUCACCUUUUAAGGUAAAUCUAAAAGAAGGAAAACUCAAAUCAAAAGUGUGCACACAAUUGGCUGUAGUGGCUCAUUUUAUAACAGACAAGAAUUUCAAGUAUGAAUGAAAAAUGAUCGCAUAACGUCAUACUUGAAAUAAGCCUGGACAUGCAUGAGCCACAUUCAUCAAAUUUAAUGAUACGCCAAAUAACAAGAGAGUUAAAAUUUCCAGUAAAUUAUGAAUGAAGUCAUGAGGUUGCAUAAAAACAUAAUUUCAAGAUAUUUGGCUGGUUCUUAUUUGGCUGGUAGAUUUGUGUGUUCAGCUCGUAAGCCAGUAAAUUUCAUCCAUCACUUGAUACUGUGACACUCAGUGUGUUUAUUAUUUUUCUUUAACGUUUACAUGUCAAAUAUCAAACGCCACUCUGGACUGUUACUGCUAUGAACUCUGAUCAAGCCAAAUACAAAGAGACGACGUGGGUCAGUGAUGACGAUGAUGAACUUUGAAGGGAGUUCAUGACCCAUCAGAUGGCUGAUAAGCAGCGUGUGAACUGCUUUGCUCCCUUGCUCUUCUUUUACCAUGAUGCCAAGUCAUUUGUGUUUCUGUGUGUUUUAAGUUUCUUUGUAACAAACCAGUCAGUUCUCCGAAAAAGUCAGAACGGACCGGAUCCAAAAGACGAGCUGGGAAUGAAUACUCUGGGCUACUUACAGCUGUUGCUCUUCCUUGUUUUGGAGUGUGUAGUUUAGAUGAAUUUGUACCAGUGUAGGUAUUUUCCUUAGAGCUAAACCUUCUGACUCGAUCAGGAGGUCACAUUUUGUGUUGUGACUUUUAGCCCAUGUAAUUUAUUUUUUUACUGUUACUGUUGUCCUGAAGAGAAUUAGCUCUGGUGUGUUUAGCAAAGACAAAAAAUAUGCGGCUGUCUUGUGACAUGAAACGUGCCAUUGUGAGCCAGACUUGAGUCCUUUCAAUGACAUUUGUCAUUUAACAUGUACUUGAGAAGUUAAUUUUUAUAUAAAUAUAGUUUGUAGUAUGUUUUUCAAAUUAUACCACAUCUAUCUCUUAGUUACUUUUGUUAUGAAGUGGAGGGUAUGUUAAUAGACCUCCUGUCAUUAGUGUUACAUACACAGUAUAUAUAUUUUUUGCAGUUUUGUGGCCUUUUUUAAAAUAAAUUUCAAAGCCUGUUUUACUUGUGCACAGUAUUCAUUACCACGGCUGUAAUCAUCCUCACAGCCUGUUUGUCCAAAUGCAAAACGUUGGGUUUAUUGUGUUGUUGUUCAUCAAGGAGUCUGGCAUGGAAAUCCAAAAUGUUACAAACAGUCCAGUGAAUGAUAAAAUAAAAACUGCAUUUUUAGAAAUCUGGCUCCCUCUGCUGGUCAUUUGUAGAAACAAUGUAGAUUUGAGACCAACUACCUGGCUUUUUAAAGGGAUAUUCCAGCAUAAAAUUAAUUUAGGGUCAAACACACCAUAACACUGAGUUAGACCGCCCGUCGAGAGAUGAAUGUUGCAGACCGCUUGCUUCUCUAGUUAUACCAACUUUAGUGAUGACCGCAGAAUAGCAAUACACAGCGGUCUCAGGAGCCACAAACAAACCUCAACCAAAACGCCACUCUAUAGCCACAAAUAAUGCUCAGAACAGAUCCUAACUUCAACAGUACAUAUAGGGUCCCAGCCAUAGCCCUAGCCACCAAACAUCUUUUUUACUUUGCCUGAUUUCUUUAGCAAAGAGACUAAACACAACUCACCUACUCUCUUCCAGCAGCCGCUUGUUUGUAGUGAGACCUCAGGCCAGUCCAUUACGGGGUACAGUGGGAUGACACAGCUCAAGGAAGAAAAUGUAGGAUUGUUUCUUCAUGGAAAUGCAGCCAAACCGAAAAGGAAAUGAUAAAGUAAUGAUCAUAAAUGUUCUUCCUUGAGCUGCGUUCCCCUGAUGCAGUCAAUGGACUCACCCGGAGGAAGAGAGUAGGUGAGUUGUGUUUAGUCUCUUUGGCAAAGAAAUUAGGCAAAGUUAAAAAGAUGUUUGGUGGCUAGUACUAUGGCUGGGACCCUAUAUGUACUGUUGAUGAAGUUAGAUGCUGUUCUGAGCAUUAUUUGUGGCUAUAGAGUGGCGUCUUGGUUGAGGUUUGUGUGUGGCUCCUCAGACCACUAUUGUGCUGUCGUUACUCAUGUUGGAAUAACUAGAGAAGCAAGCAGUCGGCAACAUUAAUUUCUCGAGGGGGCGUCUCACUCAAUGGUACAGUGUGUUUGACCCUAAAUUAAUUUUAGGCCGGAAUAUCCCUUUAAUAAACAAUGGAAAUAUGAUACUUGAAGAUAUAACGUCUAGCAUACAACAGAAACUGUAAAAACAUGAAAAUACUUUUGUGUUCCUGGAAGGAAGUGCAGCCUGUCCUGUUUUUCUGUGCGUGUCGCUGACCUGUAGGAAACAAGGCUACUUAGUGAGAAGCUGCUCAGAGACAGCUCCUCUUUAAUUUUCAGAAAUGUAAGAAUCAGCUUUUGAAACUUUUGGUAACAUUGACAUACACUCACCGGCCACUUUAUUAGGUAUACCUGUCCAACUGCUCGUUAACACUUAAUUUCUAAUCAGCCAAUCACAUGGCGGCAACUUAGUGCAUUUAGGCAUGUAGACAUGGUCAAGACAAUCUCCUGCAGUUCAAACCGAGCAUCAGUAUGGGGAAGAAAGGUGAUUUGAGUGACUUUGAACGUGGCAUGGUUGUUGGUGCCAGAAGGGCUGGUCUGAGUUUUUCAGAAACUGCUGAUCUACUGGGAUUUUCACGCACAACCAUCUCUAGGGUUUACAGAGAAUGGUCCGAAAAAGAAAAAAUAUCCAGUGAGCGGCAGUUCUUUGGGCGGAAAUGCCUUGUUGAUGCCAGAGGUCAGAGGAGAAUGGCCAGACUGGUUCGAGCUGAUAGAAAGGCAACAGUGACUCAAAUAACCACCCGUUACAACCAAGGUAGGCAGAAGAGCAUCUCUGAACGCACAGUACGUCGAACUUUGAGGCAGAUGGGCUACAGCAGCAGAAGACCACACCGGGUGCCACUCCUUUCAGCUAAGAACAGGAAACUGAGGCUACAAUUUGCACAAGCUCAUCGAAAUUGGACAAUAGAAGAUUGGAAAAACGUUGCCUGGUCUGAUGAGUCUCGAUUUCUGCUGCGACAUUCGGAUGGUAGGGUCAGAAUUUGGCGUCAACAACAUGAAAGCAUGGAUCCAUCCUGCCUUGUAUCAACGGUUCAGGCUGGUGGUGGUGGUGUCAUGGUGUGGGGAAUAUUUUCUUGGCACUCUUUGGGCCCCUUGGUACCAAUUGAGCAUCGUUGCAACGCCACAGCCUACCUGAGUAUUGUUGCUGACCAUGUCCAUCCCUUUAUGACCACAAUGUACCCAACUUCUGAUGGCUACUUUCAGCAGGAUAAUGCGCCAUGUCAUAAAGCUGGAAUCAUCUCAGACUGGUUUCUUGAACAUGACAAUGAGUUCACUGUACUCAAAUGGCCUCCACAGUCACCAGAUCUCAAUCCAAUAGAGCAUCUUUGGGAUGUGGUGGAACGGGAGAUUCGCAUCAUGGAUGUGCAGCCGACAAAUCUGCGGCAACUGUGUGAUGCCAUCAUGUCAAUAUGGACCAAGCUCUCUGAGGAAUGCUUCCAGCACCUUGUUGAAUCUAUGCCACGAAGAAUUGAGGCAGUUCUGAAGGCAAAAGGGGGUCCAACCCGUUACUAGCAUGGUGUACCUAAUAAAGUGGCCGGUGAGUGUAUUUCACAUUUUAAAAGGGGUGGGGUGGGAUCAUGCUUUUUUUCAGACUCUAUUUCGUUUUUGAUACCUCUUUAAUAGCUUUAUGUGAUUUUCGGAUAAAAAAGCCUAAAAUUUCCCACAGUGGUGUAUUAAUAAAUCAUUAUUUCUGCCUCCAUCUGAAACAUUUUGUUUUAAACUGCUGUCUCUUUAAGGUCCCCCCUACACAGUCUUUCCGGAAGGCGGCCUCUUUGCCGGAAGCACAUAAACCAGUAUGGAGAGUCUAUAUUACUUACUUCAGAUUAAAUGUAAAUCUCGCACACAAACCGCGGUCUCACAUUUUCGCAGGUUUUUGAGCAGUUUACAGACUUUCUCAGACUGAAAUAAUACGUUUACCUUGCGAUUUGAAACUUUGCAUACAUGUAGUAUGAACCCCAAACUUUGUAACUUUGCAGUUUAAGUUAUAAAUGUUGAAAAGUAUGAUACCCCCCUCCCCCUUUAAAGAUUUCCCAUGACCUUUAGGUAUUGUUGAACUUUCUUCCAGUCAUACACUUACUUCCUUACCCCACUAAAGUACUGCCACAGAAUUAAAACAGAAAUGAUCGUGUUUCCUCAAAGAACAGACACAUAAAAGAGUCAAAAAAACUGUAUCAAUGAUUUAUUCUUAAGGUAUACAUUUUAUUCAAAAAUAAAUUACCAGAGAUAUCUUUAAAAGGCAGACAGACAGUCUCCAACCCACUCGUCACAAUCAGCAGAAGUCCCUAUCACAAUCUAAAUAUUCACAUCACAUUUCUAAUGUCAGUCCUCAUAUGAGGGAGACAAAACUAGUGUAAACUCUACAGCAGCAAUUUAUCAAUCUUAAACAAACCGACUGUUAAGCUGAUCACAAUAAGAGAAAAAUGAACAGCCAUUGUGAAAUUAUUAACUAUAAAACGUAUACAAAGUUUAUUUGAAUAUUUAAUCCAACAUACAAGCCCGAUUUGUUGUAAUGAGUGAAUACAGAAAAGGACUGUACAGUAUUAGACUGGCGCUUGAGGUGAAAAAUGAGGUGGAUGGAAUCGAUGCAGCAGAGCUUAGAAAUACUAAAGCUGUCAGUGAAAAAAAUCAUCUCCUGCUAGAUAGGAAACAAUAAAUUUAAUUUACGCAACUACAGAGAAGGGCAGACUGGAUAAUGUUUGUCAGUUUAGUAUUAAAGGUCGUUGAUUUUUUAGGUUAGGAGGAUUUUUUGUCUCUAUGAUAGUCAUGGUGCUACUUUGAGUCAAAUUACAAAUUUAUUCAACAAAAAAAAAUGUCACAAAAUAUAAAUAACAGUUUUGUAGAGGCUGGUUAAGGCUGAUUUCUGCGUUUAAACCACUGAUUGAUCUCAAGCCCCAAUCUGAAUGCUAAACUAAGCCAACCAGUUUAUCUGCUGGCUCCAUUUUUUAAUCUUUAAUUUUUUAUAUGAAACUUUUCAUCGAACUCCCUGCAAGAAUGAAAAAGAGCGUAUUUCACACGAUGUCAAACUCUUCUUUGAAUGAUGGUCGAUCAGCAGAAGUUUAAAAGGACAAAAAAGGGGGCUGGUUCGACGUCAGUGAAAGGCAGCAGAAGAGCAACAUUUUCAACAUGACAAUAAAGAGACCUGGCAUAGGAAGCCCUGAGCUGGCUAAGUGCUAUCAGCAAAGUGAUACUAUGAAGAGGGGGCAUACACUAGAGAGGCAAAAGGCUGGAUCAUUUAAAAAGAGCAUGUCAGUUCUGUAGUCGAGACAACCAUAAGCAGAGAGGCUGGAGGCUUCCUACAGACCUCUUCAGGGUCACAUUCACACAGUGUUAAAGGGAGACGCCUUUUCAGAGUUGAUUGGUAGCUUGUGCUUGUAGGAAACGAUCCGAAGAAAAAAGUAAACUGUAUCAUGCGACCGUGAGAUGAAACAAAGAAAUGCACAAAAAUUAGGUUCCGUGUUUGCAUUCAUUGUUGUUCCAGCUGCUCACAGCUGCGUCAGUUUUCCCUGAAUUACAGCUCAAUCCUGAAGC